AUGGAUAAAGCUUUGAUGGCGAUGUCCCUGGAGGAAGAAGAUGAGCCUUUUGAUAUGAUGGACCUUCCUGAGUAUAGCUCCUGUGAGCGGAAUGUUUUCAGUAUCAUCGGAAGACUCCUGAAUCCUGAGUGUCAAAAGAUGGCAAGUUUGAUUCUUGAUAUGCCAAGGAAAUGGCAGAAGUAUGAUAGAGCUCGUGGGGUAGCUUUAUCUGUGGAAAGAUUUCAGUUCAUUUUCGACACGGAGAAUGACUUAGAUGAAAUUCUCGCGAAAGGAUUUCAGACCUUUAAUGAGUGGGGUUUGGCCAUCGAAAGAUGGGUGGAUGUUCCUCCUGCAGAUUACCUUCAAUUUGUGCCUUUAUGGGUUCAACUUCGGAACAUCCCGGUGAAUCAUUACACCAUUGAAGCCAUAACUACUUUUGGAGACGUGGUAGGUCAAGUCAUAGAGGUAGCCUUCGAUCCAAAGAAGUCUCAAAGUCGGGGUUUCGUCCGUGUUCUAAUUAAGUUUGAUGUUUCAAAGCCUUUACGAAAAUCGAAAGUUUUCAAUCUUCCAAGAGGUGCAGGUCAGGCUACUAUUGAGUAUUUUUACGAGAAGGUUCAAAAAAGGUGUUACUCAUGUCAUAGAUUGACACAUGAGCAAAAUGUUUGUCCUAUCCUGGUGAAGAUGAGACAAGAUCAAGCCAUAAACAGAAGGUUGGGUAAAGCUUUUGAAAAACCGCCUCAGUCUCCGGUGCUAAAGAAAUCAGAUCCUCUGUUUGGGGUUCUGGAAGAGAAACAGGUUGGUCUGCAUCCUAUUUUAGGACGUCCCUGCAUUCAUCCAGAAGUUUUAGAAGGGAUGCGGCAAUAUCUUCUUGUAGUUGAUGGUGAAGAAAGAAAGAUAAGAGAAGAAAGAGUGAAAAAAUCUGUUCUUGAAGCUGAAUCCUCUGAGACUUCGCGAAAAUCUAUUCUGAGACUGGAACCUCUUCCGAUUAUCGCCAAAGACCCUCUUAAAGGAAAAGGUCUUGUCUUCGGGUAUAGUUCUGAGGACUCCUCGACUCAAUCGGAGAGAAUUAGACCCAAUGGUCCAAAGCUUUUAUCGGCGGCUAUCCAUGCUGCAGAUCCAAAUUCGAAGAACUCUGGUGAUAUUAUUAUGCAGAAUGAAAGAUGGUUCAACGGGUUAUAG